AUGGCCAUUCGCAGCAGACGCAUCCAGGCGGAUGGAAAUAGGCCGCUAGGGAAGAAGGAUGGGCAGCGGAACGGAGGGAGGCAGAGGACAACUGGCAAGGGGAGAAGGAAAGAAAAGAGAGAGGUCAAAGUAUGGAUGAAAGAGAAGGAGACGAACCACGAAGAGCCGAUCCGAAAAUUGGGAGGAUGCAAUGCGGCGACCAAUAAGCUUGCUCAGGUGGCAGCCUGA